AUGGCGUCUCUACCGCCGCAGCGCCCCGCGUCGCAACAAAGACCUGCGCCGCCGGCUGAAGCCUCUCCUUCGCAACAAGACUGCACACGCCGGACCGACAGUUUCUCGGGCCAAUCUGUCGACUCGCAAACGCUUCUACUCAACACUCCGCCGUUGCAGACAAACACUCCCGCGUCGCAAGAACAAAAAGAGGCGCCCGUCCAGCAUGCGGCGCCGCAACAAGAGGAGGAUGAUGAGCCCCGCAAGUGCUGGAUCUGCUUCAACGACGAGACAGAGGAUGAUGAAACGACAUCAGAGUGGCGCAAUCCCUGCGCCUGCUCCCUGGUUGCGCACGAGAAGUGUCUUCUCGACUGGAUAGCAGAUAUGGAAGCGCCCAAUUCGCGGCGGCGCGCGGGCACAACGGCGAAUAAGAUAUUAUGUCCACAGUGCAAGAGCGAGAUUAAAGUGCAGCGACCGAAGAGUUAUGUUGUGGAUGCUGUAAGGCGCGUUGAGCGCGUGGUCAGCAACCUGACACUUCCUGGAUUUGCUUUGUUCACCGGCACAGCGCUAUACUCGACUUUGACGCUGUCUGGCACAGCGACAAUAUACCAGAUAUUCGGUACAGAGGAUGCGCUGCAAAUUCUCGGUCCCCUUUACGAGACGCCAAACAGGAACGUCAAUUCAGUCCUCGUGCAAUGGCUUGAGCACCUGCGACAGCACUGGAGGCUAGAUCUCGGGUUGCCUCUGAUACCCACAGUACUGGUCGCCAGCAGAACAACAUUCGCAGACUCUUUCUUGCCCUUUCUUCCACUCAUAUUCUUCGUCAGCUCAGGUCAUCCAGGCGACGAGAUGCUCCAGCUACAGUGGCCGCCAAGCGCCGCCUUCUCCUUUGCCGCACUACCAUAUAUUCGAGGUUUCUACAAUGCAUACUACGAGCGCGUAUGGCUGCCGCGGGAACAGCAGUGGCUUAGGGAGAUCCAACCCCGAGCAGGCGAAAAUACUGAUGCAGAGAUCCAAAAUCAGGCCCAGCACAACCAUGCGCACGACGAUGGCGAUGCUGUGGAGGAAGUAGAAAUCGAGCUAGAUUUUGACAUCUUUGCCGACUGGAACGACGGCGACGAUGCGGACAACAAUGGCGCGCCCGUAGCUGACGCGCAUCAAGAAGAGGGCAAUUGGGAAAACAAUGUCCAGAUACCACCUGAGGUCGAUGUUCGCGCAAACCAAGCCCCUGCGCCAGACGUACCCAUGCAACCAGCAGUCCAGCGCCCCCGCAACGUCCGACGCGAACGCGGCGUCACUUUCUCCACCACCUCCCUCUCAGACACCAUCCUCGGCGCCCUUAUCUUCCCCACGAUCGCAGCAGCAAUCGGCGAACUCCUACGCCAAACCCUCCCCGCUUCCUGGGUCAACCCCCCGUCUGGCUCCCCAGCCGUCUCCUGGCUCGGCGGCUGGGUCAAAAAUGGCGGCAGCAGGAUUGGAGGCGCAGCCAAGCCGACGGGGCUCCUGCAAACGCGCUGGGGCAGGAGUAUCGUCGGUGGAUGUCUUUUCGUCGGGCUCAAGGACGCGGUUAUGCUUUACGUAAGGUGGAGGACUGCACAGAAUCAUCGCAAGAGGGGGGUUGUGGACUAUGAGGGUGGAAAGAGUAGGAAGGGUGUGAAGGCUAGGUAG